AUGCUUUCUUCAUAUCUUAAUUAUGUCAUUUUGACGCUUCUUUCUUCCAUAACGCUGGCAACCACCACUCACGACCAUGACCGCAUCAAAAAAUGCUACCAACGUCAUAGCUCAUCAAAUCACUCAGCAAAAGCAAGCGAAAACAUCUAUAAGACCUCGUUCCCCGGCGUAACGUGGGAUAACGACAAUUGGCUCCUCAGUACAACGAAUCUGGACCAGGGCCACUAUCAAUCUCGCGGCUCAGUAGCAAACGGCUAUCUCGGCAUCAACGUCGCCGCCGCCGGCCCAUUUUUCGAAAUUGAUCUUGACGAAGAAGGUGGCGUCAUUAACGGCUGGCCACUCUUCUCAAGGCGUCAAACCUUUGCUACUAUAGCGGGCUUUUAUGAUGCACAGCCAAACACAAACGGGACUAACUUCCCAUGGCUUUUGCAGUAUGGCUAUGAGAGUGUCAUUAGUGGAGUUCCGCAUUGGAGCGGACUUAUUCUUGAUCUGGGAGAUGAUGUGUAUCUUGAUGCGACGGUGGAUAAUCGGACUGUUCAUAACUUUACGUCGACCUAUGACUUCCAAGCUGGUGUUUUGGAGUGGUCGUAUACGUGGAAGCCCAAGGCUCAGAAGGGCUCUUACGAGAUCAAGUACCGCCUGUUUGCGCACAAACUCCACGUCAACCGGGCCAUCGUGGAUUUAACAGUCGUCCCAUCCAUCGACUCCGAAGCUACCAUUGUCAAUGUAAUUGAUGGAUAUUCGGCAGUGCGCUCGGACUUCGUCAAGUCAGGCGAGGAUGACGACGGCGCAAUAUUCUCAGCUGUACGACCAGUCGGAAUCGCCAAUGUGACGGCCUUCAUCUACGCACAAGUCAACGGAUCAAAGUCGCUGGAUCUAUCACGUCGCAAACUGGUCCAUGGAAAGCCGUAUGUGCAUACCAACGAAUCGUCUAUCGCACAGGCUAUCCCUGUCAAGUUCUCCGCUGGUGUUCCCGUUCACAUCACUAAAUAUGUUGGAGCCGCUUCUUCCGACGCUUUCGACGAUCCUGAAAAGACUGCGAAAGAGGCUUCACGUAAAGCGAUGGAGGAAGGGUACGAGAAGUCGCUUCUUUCACAUGUCAAGGAAUGGCAGAGCGUGAUGCCGAGUGAUUCUGUGGAUAGCUAUGCCUUUCCCGAGAAUAACACGCUCUCUGACGAUGAAUACAUCAUCGACUCUUCUAUCAUCGCCGUCACAAACACAUACUACCUUCUACAAAAUACGGUCGGCAAAAAUGCACAAAAGGCAGUAUCAGGAGCCCCCGUCAACGUCGAUAGUAUCUCGGUCGGCGGGCUGACAUCCGACUCCUACGCCGGCCUGAUCUUCUGGGACGCAGACCUCUUCAUGCAACCUGGUCUCACAACAUCGCACCCAGAAGCGGCUCAACGCAUAACAAACUAUCGAGUGGCCAAAUACGACCAGGCCAAGAAAAACAUUGCGACUUCUUACGCGGGUUCUCAAAACAAGACCGAAUUCUCUGACUCAGCGGCUGUGUAUCCGUGGACCAGUGGUCGAUUUGGGAAUUGCACGGCUACUGGCCCUUGCUGGGAUUACGAGUAUCAUUUGAAUGGAGACAUUGGGAUUUCUUUAGUGAAUCAGUGGGUUACAAGCGGUGAUACAGACUUCUUCAAGGAGACACUACUGCCGAUUUAUGACUCCGUUGCGAACCUCUUUGCGGACUUGCUGAAGCCGAAUGGAUCAUCGUGGACUAUCACAAACAUGACUGAUCCCGACGAGUAUGCGAAUCAUGUCGACGCUGGUGGCUUUACCAUGGCCCUUGCUUCGGAGACCUUGAUCCAGGCCAACAAGAUCCGCCGACAGUUUGGAAUGACAGAGAACAAGACCCAAGAUGAGAUAGCCUCUGAUGUGCUCUUCAUCAGAGAGAACGGUAUUACCUUGGAGUUCACAACCAUGAAUGGCAGCGCAAUCGUGAAGCAGGCUGAUGUGGUGCUCAUGAGCUUUCCACUGGGUUACAAUGAUAACUACACUGACCAGAAUGGACUCGACGAUCUGGACUAUUACGCGAACAAGCAGUCUCCUGAUGGACCGGCCAUGACCUGGGCAAUCUACUCCAUCGUAGCCGACGAGCUAUCACCAUCUGGUUGCUCAGCGUAUACCUACGCGCAAUACUCCUAUAGGCCUUAUACGCGACCUCCUUUCUACCAGCUUUCCGAACAGUUGGUCGACAACGCUACCACCAAUGGUGGCACGCAUCCUGCAUACCCUUUCCUCACUGGCCACGGAGGCGCUAACCAGGUGACUAUCUUUGGAUACCUUGGACUAAGACUCAUUCCUGAUCAAGGUCUUCACGUGAACCCAAACCUACCGCCUCAGAUUCCUUACAUCAGGUAUCGAACGUUCUACUGGCGCGGGUGGCCUAUUUCCGCUUGGUCGAACUACACCCAUACUGUUAUUUCUAGACAUCAGACGACUAAGCCUCUUGACGUUGCGGAUUCUCGAUAUGCCAACAAGAGCAUUACGGUCUAUGCGGGGAAACAGGGGGACUCUGCACUUCGCCAUUUGACAUUUGACGAGCCAGUUGUUAUCAAGAACAGGCAGAUAGGCAGUGUCAACACUGUCCACGGCAAUCUCGCUCAGUGUCGACCAGUCAAGUCUUCCAACUUGUACGAACCAGGACAGUUCCCUCUUGCAGCUGUUGACGGAGCUACUUCGACAAAGUGGCAGCCCUCAAAGGCCGCUGAGGUCAGCUCACUGACUGUUUCCCUUGCGAAAAAGGACGUUGGAUCGAAGGUCAAGGGCUUCUACUUCGAUUGGGCUGAUGCACCACCAGUCAACGUCACAGUUUUGUUCCACAACAAAACUAUUGAUGAUCCGACAAAGGUCUAUGGCAAGUCAAGUCAUGACUCGGAUUAUGAUGUCGUUGUGUCUAUAAAGAAAGUCAAACUCUCGGAUGCGUACAACGCAAAGACAGAUGAUCUGGAUGCAGUUGUUAUGCCUACAGGGAACACUACCAACGUGACUCUUCCUGAGCCGGUUCCCUUAUCUCGAUACGCCACGCUGCUGAUCGCAGGAAAUCAGGCUCUGGACAAAGUUGACCUCAAAGCUGGGAAUGGUACGGGCGCUACCGUCGCUGAGUGGGCAAUCUUGCACUGA